UAUGAACCCCUCUUUCAAUUCACAUUCACGUGCAUUAUCAUCUCUCUCUCUCUAGAAAAGUCAUGCACUAACACUCUCUCUCUGUCUCCAUCUAUAAAACCUACCCAAGAAGAUAAAUCGAGCUCACGAAUCUUCACACCAUAGUUUAAUUAUCGCGUGAGACCUCGAAUACGAGAGAGAGAGAGAGAGAGAGAGAGAGAGAGAGAGUGGGAAGAUUACAAUGGCAAAUUCACUGGAAGAGCUGAACAAGGAGCAAGACCAGGACCCAGGUGAUGGUGGCGACGCCGCAAACAACCUUACCACGCCCAGGCUCUCCCUAUUCUCCCUCCCACGGAAGCCACAGGAGAGGCCGGGUAUGCUGACGCCACCGCUCCACUCGAAGGCGGCCUCGGUGCCGUUCAAGUGGGAGGAGGCCCCGGGCAAGCCUAGGUCCUGCUGCCACGCCACCGCCGAGACCAAGCCGGCCACCGGCGGGUGCCUGGACCUCCCGCCGAGGCUCCUCAACGACGCCGCCGCAGCCAAAGUCACGGCCAUGCCUUCCUCGAUCGCCGUGCACGACGGGCCUUACCAUGCGUGCCGGGCGCUGUCGUUCAGGAAGCUGGGUGGGUCGUUCCGGAGCCCCGAGAGCUGCAGCAAGAGGGACAUAAGAGAGAGGGUAACCUUCGGGUCGACGCGGUGGGGGUUCCGCGGCAAGGAGAGAAUCAGCGGGGUCGUGGAGGAAAGUCCUCGGAUUUCCCUCUCGGUGCUCGUCGGCGACGGCGGUGGCAGCGGUGAGGAGAGCAUCACGAAGGUGAAGAUCACAAGAGUGAGCAGGAGGAGGAGCUUCUUCAGUCUCUCUCAGACCAAGUCGCAUUUGUGGGCCAGCAUUUAUGGAGGUUUGAAGCAGGCGGUCCCAUGGCGACGCGGUCAAGAUAAGCCACUCACAAAGGGUCAUUAGCUCUUGAUCAUUCAGGAUGUAUACUUAAUUCUAGUAUGGUUUGAUUAGUCCUAUGAACCAAUUUCCUAAAAAAUUCUUGUACUCAAAGAAUAUCAUGUAAAUAAGAUGAUCUAUGGUUAAAAGACCGAAAAAAAAAAAAAAAACUAGGACGUUAGUGGGGCGGGCCUACGUGCGACUUUCUGCAGUGUCGUGGCUUCUAGGGUUUGCACUUUCGUCUUCGGAUAUGUCUAGGGAUCUAGAUGUGACUAAGUAAUCUUCGGCUCUACAUCGUUCGUUCUGCGGAGCUGCGAAGAUAAGCCGAUGAGAAAUCAUUCGACGGGAACAUAGGGCUAGUCGGUCGACCGAAAACGAACCGGUCGAUACGUCGAGGCAGAAAGCGACAAGCCCAAACGAAGAAGAAAGAGAAGAGGGUUCCCACUGAAAGAGGUUGGAUCGGACCAAGUCAAAGGCACCAAAAGUCAAGCACGACCUGCCGAGACCUUCCUUUUGGUUGAGGGUUGUUGGCUUUCAAUCAAGAGCAAGACAGGGUUUCUGCAUCAGUAUACUGAUGAUAUUAUGGGGCAGAAGAAGCUGUGACGCCGUUUGCUGGCUCGUCCGCGGUCAACACCUACCUCCUCCCCCGCCACAUUGAAUUACUAUCACUUUUACUUACGACCCGAAGAGGGAAAGAAGAGAUCUGCACAUGUUGUGUAAGGUCCUGAAAAAUAAUCUGCGUAAAUAGAUACGCGCACGAUGCAUUCGACAAGGUUCGUGUUGUUGUUACUAGCGAGGUUUCAACCUUGUGGUUUCGAUGAGAAUCUGCGAGUUGCUACUUUGCUUAGCUCCAAUGGC